AUGAUUGUGGAAUUCCCCGAGGAUGGCGAGAAGAUGAGUGGUUGCAGACAACAAAGAGUUGAACUUAUUGGGAUUUGUACACUUCCCGACCUGGAAGUCCGCGUUCAGGAGGAGAUUCACAAUUCGCCCCCGCUGGUCGUCUCACCACAGGUUUAUGUAUCCCCUUUCGAGAUGAACUGCAUCGUGAUGGACUUCGGAAUACGGAAUAUCCACAGCAUUGUGGAGAGUGUCCGCGAACUGGUCCUGACCGCAAAGAACUUCGUCCCUUGUGUAUGGAAACUGCAGCAUGUAAGUUCAGAGAGACUCAAACAGCAGCUGCGGGGCAAGAGCAGGCUAACCUUGGCCGAGGAAGAAAUUUUGAGGUCUGCGGAUGAUGUAAGCGUCUUCGCCGUCGGCAACGAGGAAGGUAUUGUUCAUGGACCCACUAUUCCUUAUCGCAAGUUGCCUCUACCUGCUAAGCUCGUCGGUCAAUCACUGAUGCCUCGAGCUCAGGGCCAUUCCGAUAGCGAAAAGUACCAGCCGUCAUGUAUUCCGGUAAGGUUUAGACCAAAGGAGGCGAUCUACUACCGAUCUUCAUUUCACAUAGAGUGCCUUCAUGGAGGUCGAGGCUUUGAUGUGAUCCUACAGGGUUGUGGAUCAUUCGAUGAGGAGGAUGAUUUACGCAUGGAUGCAGGUCUUUUGUUUGGCGAGCAUAAAGUUGCACCGGAGAUGUGGCAUGGCAUGUAA